AUGACUGAAUUUGACAGACUUCGCGGCCCUGGAAUCGAGAUACAUGUUGGCACAACAAUCACUAUGGAAAAUGUCUCGAACAAUGAUACACAUAACGUCUGGUCUUUACCGAGAGCCUUAAUAUCACACUACUCUCCUUUUCUUGAAGCUGCUUGUUCCCGGUAUUUUAAGGAGUGCCGCGAGAACCGGAUCAAGCUCCCAGACGAUGAUACAACCGUGUUCGCUCUGUUCGUGGAAUGGAUGUACUACGGUCAAUAUACCAUCGCAUCGCUAUCUCCACCUUCAGCAAAAACAGCUAGCAGGGCCAGCAUUGACGCUAAAUGCUGGGUCCUUGGCGAUAAGCUCCUGUGCACAGGCUUCAAGAACUAUGCCAUGGGUCGUAUAUACGCGCAGCACACAGCCAUUUCUUUCAACACAGCAGUCACAACAAGUGAUGUAGAAUACGCAUGCGAUAACAGUGCUGUGCACUCCAAACUACGCGAGUUUUAUGUUGCUUUCGUUGCGACGUACUUCAAUGACCCAAACCGCAUUCAUGGAACUGCAGAAGAAUGGGACGGUCUUUUCCUAAAACGCGCUGAUAUGAGGUUGCUUCUACUGCAAGGAUUCAGGCUUGGAGAUCGAGACUUUUUGAAAAGCAAAGGGCACUACUUUGAAAAAAAUGACAAGAUGUGUGUUGUAAUAGAUCAGAAGUAA